AUGAAGGGAAUUUUUGCUUUGUUGACGGUCGCGCAGGCGGCGCUCAUCUUCAACGAUGAUCAUAUCGACCUGGCGAAGGUCGACUACGAAGAUGUUGGACUUUUGGCUAGGUUUGCUCGUCAAAUAGAAACGGAAGGCAGCGGUGUUGAUGAUCAAAUUGAAGAAGAAGUCAACAAAAUCGAACCUGAAACGUCUUCUACAGUUGAAGAGAGUGCCAGCACCUCCUCCACCGACACAGAAGAAGACGUUGGCGAUACCGAAGUCCUUGAAGAUGGAGUCACCGAGAAGCCAAACGAUGACCCAACUGCUGAUGCCAACACAACAACAACGACCGCAGCUCCAGACAACUCAUCAACUGCAUCUUCCACUACUCAAAAAGCAACAACAACCAAAAGUCCAAGCUCCUCCGGACAAAUGAACACCUUCACCUUUUUGCUCCCAACUAUUCUUGGCGCUCUCCUUUUGCUCUAG